AUGUCCCUAGAGGUGAAGCUUCCAGUUGUGGAGAUGUCCUGUUCCACGGGUGAGCAGCUGAACUAUAAUGAAAUAACAGAGGUAAAAGCUGAAAUCGGGUGUGUGAGACAUGACCUGGUCCCCUUGGUGCUGCAGCUGCUUUUCCUCAUUCUCUUCUCUGGGGUCCUUGUGGCAUUUCUUCUCCAAGUUCCAAAGGUUCCCUGCACCCAGGAUCAGGAGAUCUACCAGGAGCUCAUGCAGCUGAAGCCUAAAGUCGACUCCCUGUGCCGUCCCUGCUCCUGGGACUGGAUGUUCUUCAAUGGAAAUUGUUACUUUUUCUCCAUAACUAAACGUAACUGGAGUGAUUCCCUCAGGGCUUGCCAAGAAGUGGGGGCCCAACUAGUCAUCAUUGAAAGUUAUGAGGAACAGGACUUUCUACAGAAGAUGUUUAAGAUUAGAGGCAAUUUCUGGAUUGGGUUGUCAGACAUGAAACAAGAAGGCUCAUGGCAAUGGGUGGAUGAUUCACUUUUGUCACCAAGCUUUAAAAAAUAUUGGACCUUAUGGAAAAGUGAAGACCAUUCAGAGACUGACUGCGCAGAACUUACAGAUUAUGGCUGGAAUGAAGACAACUGCAAAAAUGAGAAAUUAUGGAUAUGCGAGAAGUCUCCAGCAUCCUGCCCCAACAAAUGA